UGCGGAGGAGAGGAAGACAUUAAAGAGAGAGAGAGAGAGAGAGAGAGAGAGAGGCUGGCCCGUCCUUUAAUGCGGCUCUACUAACAUUUCACAGCGGAGAGGAGGAGCAGACAGGACGGUGAAUCCAGAGAAGGAAGAGACAGAGACGGAGAACAGUAACAAAGCUGUGUGAGACGCACCCGGGUCGCUUCUAUCAUCUGAAUCACGGAGGUGGUCUCACCGACGUAGCGAGCAGCAUCACCCCACCUCCUGCGCAUCAUUCGCGGCUCCGCACCGCAGCUGCCCGGGGAGAAGACUAUCCGCAUCUUUGCAAGGCCCAGACUGAAUGCCUCCUCUUCCUGUGAGAUAAAGUGAAGAGGUUCUGAUCCUAUCUGCACCUGAUCUGUUCGUGAUUCUGUUGUAAUCCAUCAGGAUCCAGAUGAUGGAGCACUUGCUAUGUCUGCUGGUCCUCAGCUUAGUAGCCCUGAGGGAAGCUGUCGGUGGAGACGUGUGUGUAUCGGGUCAUGACAGCGGGCCAGUGUUUGAAGAACAGCCGAGCAGUUUAAUCUACCCAGAGGGCCUAAUUGAAGGCAAGGUGACCCUCAGCUGUCAAGCCAGAGCCAGUCCAGCUGCAUCCUACAGAUGGCUUGUGAAUGGCACAGAGGUCCCAUUGGGUUUGGACCUGCGCUAUACCCUGGUGGCUGGUAGCCUGGUGAUCAGCAGCCCUGAGUCUAUUCGAGACACAGGCUCCUAUCAGUGUCUGGCCAUCAACCGUUGUGGCACCAUCAUCAGCCGAGCAGCUAACCUCAAAUUUGGCUACCUCCAUGACUUCCCACCAGAUAGCAGGAGUCCUCAGACAGCAUAUGAAGGCAUAGGAACUUUCCUGGCCUGCCAGCCACCUGUACAUUACCCAGCUCUGUCCUACCGCUGGUUAAUCAACGAAUUUCCCAACUUCAUCAAGACGGACGACGGCCGCUGGUUUGUAUCGCAGGUAACAGGGAACUUGUACGUGGCCAAAGCAGAACCAAACGACACCGGAAACUACUUCUGCUUCACCACCAUCAAUUUGGACAUCAGCACCAAGAGCACCUUCAGCAAGGCCAACCAGCUCACUGUGCUGCCUGAUGCCAAUCCCAGAAAGUCAGCUCCGAGCAUCAAAGUGCGCUUCCCAGCAGAAACCUAUGCCCUAGCAGGACACACCACUCAGUUAGAGUGCUUUGCCUAUGGAAAUCCAGUCCCAAAACUGCGAUGGAGGAAGGUGGAUGGCUUGAUGCCGUCCAAGGCAGGCUUAAGUGCUGAGAGUCCCACCCUCAUCCUGCCAGAACUCUCCUUCGAUGAUGAGGGUGUUUACGAGUGUGAGGCCUACAACUCAGAGGGAAGCGACACAUACCAGGGACGCAUCAACGUGCAAGCUCAGCCAGAGUGGUUACAGGUGAUGAGCGACUCAGAGGUGGAGAUCAGUUCAGAGCUUCUUUGGAGCUGUGUUGCUGCUGGUAAACCCCGGCCCUCCAUACGCUGGCUACGCAAUGCACAGCCACUCAGCACACAGGACCGGGUGGAGGUGAACGGGGCUCGUCUUAAGAUCAGUAACCUGGCCCUGGAGGAUUCUGGGAUGUACCAGUGCGUGGCUGAGAACAAACAUGGCACCAUCUACUCAACUGCCGAGCUCAGAGUCCAAGUUCAGGCUCCAGACUUCAGGUUGAAUCCAGUAAGGAGACUGAUCCCAGCAGCCAGAGGGGGGCAGGUGAUGAUCGAAUGUCGCCCUCGAGCUGCCCCGAAGCCCAGCCUGUUCUGGAGCCGCGGGACUGAGCUGCUCAUCAACAGUAGCAGAGUCACAGUAACUCCAGACGGCAUCUUAUGGAUCCACAACAUCAGCAGGGCAGACGAAGGGAAGUACACCUGCUUUGCUGAAAACUACCUGGGCAAAGCUAACAGCACUGGACACCUGUCUGUCAGAGAUGCAACUAAGAUCACGUUGGCUCCUUCUAACGCUGACAUCAAUCAAGGGGAGAAUGUGACACUGCAGUGUCACGCCUCCCACGACCCCACCAUGGACCUGACCUUCACCUGGGCCCUCAACGGGGUCCUGCUGGACCUGGAGGACACAGCGGGGCCGUACCACCGGGUGGAGGGGAAGGAAAACAUUGGUGACCUGUUGAUUGUGAACGCUCAUCUGAGUCAAGCAGGGACGUACACCUGCACAGCUCAGACUGUGGUGGACAGCGCCUCAGCUUCAGCUAAACUGGUGGUUCGAGGCCCCCCGGGACCUCCUGGAGGUUUAUUGGUAAAGAAUGUCGCUGAGACGUCGGUGGAGCUCAGGUGGAGUCGUGGCUACGAUAACCACAGUCCGAUUGGCAAAUAUGUCAUCAUGGGCCGAUCACUGCUGUCAUCAGAGUGGAAGAAGAUGAGAACAGAUCCGGUGAACAUCGAGGGGAAUGCAGAGUCGGCUCGUGUGAUGGGACUGAUGCCCUGGAUGGAUUAUGAAUUCCAGGUCAUCGCCAGCAACAUUCUGGGCAGCGGAGAGCCCAGCAUGCCCUCACACACCAUCCGCACACAGCAAGCAGCUCCUACAGUGGCCCCCAGUGGUCUUGGAGGAGGAGGAGGAGACCGCAACGAACUCAUCGUUACCUGGACGCCCAUGGCCAGAGAGUACCAGAAUGGAGAUGGCUUUGGCUACAUCCUGGCAUUCAGGAAGAAAGACUCAUCAUCUUGGACAGUGUUACGUAUUCCUCACGUGGAGUCAUCGCGUUACGUUUACUACAAUGACAGCCUGACGCCGUAUAGUCCCUUCGAGGUGAAGAUCAAAGCUUACAACCGCAGAGGAGAAGGUCCGUUCAGUCAGAUCGCUGUGGUCUACUCUGCAGAGGAAGAGCCAACAGUAGGACCAUCAAACAUCAACGCCACAGCACUGACUGCCUUUGAGAUCCAGGUUUCAUGGGAGCCCGUCCAGCAGCUCAGCGCCAAUGGCAUCCUCAGAGGAUAUGAGAUCAGGUACUGGCGGCAGCAUGAGCGGGAAGCAGCAGCAGACAGAGUGCGGACAGCUGGACUGGAAACAAUAGCCAGAGUGUCUGGACUUAGACCCAGUACUCGAUACCAUGUUGCUGUGCUGGCAUACAACAGUGCAGGCACCGGGCCGCCCUCGCCACGCACCACCGUCACCACCAGGAAACCACCUCCUAAUCGUCGUCCAGGCAACAUGUCAUGGAAGACUGAUGGCUCAUGGGUAACAGUGAGGUGGGAUCAUGUGAAAGCCAUGCACAAUGAGUCGGCUGUACUGGGCUACAAAGUUCUGUACAAACAUGAGGGCCAAACAGCACUGAAGGUUCUGGACAAGGCCAAGACCUCAGUGAGCCUGCCGCUGCCAAAAGACAAUGGCUAUGUUGUGUUGGAGAUCAGGUCCUGGGGAGAGGGCGGGGAUGGGCCAGCACAUGAGAUUAUUGUGUCCCGGGACUCAGGCACUGGAAUGAUGGUGCAGAACGAGGCCUCCUCCACACUCUGCAGCCCUACUCUCCACCUCCUCAUUGGCUUGGUUCUCCUUGUGCCAUCAUCAGGCCUGUGAUCUCUGCCAAUUUGUGGACUUUUUGCUUUUAAUGGCUUGAAACUAAAGCUGUCCUGUGUCUCAGCCUGUGUUUUGGGUCGUUGUGGGUUCCAGUGGACGGGGAAGGUUGUAGCACUGCAGGGAUUGGACGGGUGGGAGAGGAAGGAGGGGUUUUAGUUUUCAUUUUUUUUAAACAAUAACAACGAAGAGGGUCUUUUUUAACAUAAAGUCUGGCUGGGUUGGAGGGGUUGGGGGAGCAGGGCAGCCCUGUCUGGGUGUGUAUUUGUGUACGGGUGUCAGUAAAACCAUGCCUUAUGGGGACCAUCACAUCUGUGGCUGACACGUCUCAUACGCGUGUCCUUCCAAAGUGUAGCUGGCGAGACACAGACUUCAGGUGUAAAUUAUUCAUAGAAUCAAUGAUGUGUAUAACUUGUGUACAUACAGUACAGUCUGAUAUGUGAUGGGUGUCUGCCUGUUCACUCUGAGAGCAACUCCACAAGUCUCUGUGUUCUGACUGGCAGUGGGUGGUGUCAAAAUAGCUCUUCAUGCAUUUUUCACUGCUUGGUAUGUACUGUCAGAAUUUUAUGGUCACUUUUCUCCACAUUUUGAAAAACCUGGAAAUUUCUUUUAAAAACCCUAUGAUAUGAUUACCCUAUGAAGUCAGUAGAUUGUCCGGAGAACAAUUAUUUGUCUUGGAAAACUUUUGAAAUUAAAUUCAGAUGGCUGCACAAACAUACUGUAGCCACUAAGUAUUGUAUACAUCUUACCAAAUUGACACCAUAUUGACACCAAGCACUACUAUCAACUAAGUCAACAGCACAGACUGUAUAUAAAAAUAGACGAUGCGUCGCUGCUUCUACCGUACAAAAAUAAAGCCAAAACAUCUUGGAUACAGCCACUGCCAUCUUGCGCUGGUGACAUCAUUUGAAGCCAGAGUCUGCGCAGUAGUGAUCUCUGUGGUAUCGAGUUCCCGCCCAUACACCCAUCCGACCAAUCGCAAGCAGCGCCUUUGAUCGUAGGCACAUCGAUUAGCACACACAGCUGUCAAUCAUGAUGUCAAACACUCUUUUUAUAGCAUCAAAUAACUACUAUAACCAACUCUAUCAGAAACAAGGAACACUUGAAAACGACAGCAACGUGGUAUAAAAUAAAAUGACAGAAACCAUGUUUGAGAAAACAAAUUAUUGCCGUGUAGUUUGAGCUGUCUGUCCUCCUGUCUGUACCAUCCUUGUGAACACAAUAUCUCAAGACUGCCUCAAGGGAAUUUCUUCAGAUUUGGCACAGUGAUGUUUACAGCGUUUAAAAUGAAUCUACCUAUUUCCAUACGUUAAGCCAAAAAUGCCAAGCGCUCCUCAGGAAACGCCCAGCUGGGAGCGUUUAAGAGCGCUUUGGAGGCACAAUGUUUUUCAGCUGAGAUGCUCUGGGUGUGACUGAUGGCUAUGAUACUGAGUAUCUGUGGGAGUUCUUACUUUGGAUGAAGGGAAGGCUGAAGCAUGCAGGGAGAGAGGAGGGAUCCGCCAGUCUGUGUGGGUUUAUGAGAGGACACAUAAUAUACUGUACAUACAUUAUAUUAACAGAGUUUUCCUCCAUUGUUGUUGUUGAGCACUUGUACAUGUAAGAUGUGUUGGUAUGUCUUCGCAGUAUUUUUCCCUCCUCCACUGUGACUGAACGACUGAAGUAACAGUGAUAAGCGCAUCAACUCUUGGCACUCAGAAAAAACAAAAUGCCCAACAGGCUGUUCUCAGUGCAGAAUUUACACCCAGCACCUUGUCACACUGCAUUUGUAGUGCAGUGUCUAUAGUGCAGCGUAAAUCUGCGACGCUCCUAUUGCAAAGAAUUUAAAAGAUAUGCUGAAGAAAUGCUUCAGUGGACAUGGACAUCAGUGUUGCCUUGGUGCACGUUGUUUCAGGUGGACACAUACCAUUACGUCAGGGUAGAACAUUGCUCUGUUUCCCAAAACUGUCCUGAAAAGCAGCAUCAGUUUUGCUCCCUGCAUUAGUAGUUUCUGUAAACUGCACCUCGUCCCUUACCUCUGUAUUUACAACAUGUCCACUGUGGGCAGUAGGCAGUAGUUGACUUCAAAUGAUGUGAUGUGAUGCAGCUGGUGUUUAUUGCAGACUGAAAAGACAUCAUCAAAGAGAAUUCUGUGUCAUUUUGACCUCUCCCUACAGAAAAGGCUGCAAAGGGUCAUAACAAAAUGUAUACGGACAAAGUUUCCCAACUUCAUAGAUUUCUGUUUGUGUUUGAGAUCAUAUGACAUGGAUUCAAAUCCAAAACAGUUGUAAAGUUUCAUCUAAUAAUUCAUUUACUUUGUUAAUCAUCUCAGUAACCCAAAUAUCACUGACACAACGUUCAGAUUUAUCUACAAACAUACAUCUACCCAACUGAACUUGACUUGCUGGUCUUGUCGCUCUCAGAGUGAACACAGAAAAAGAGUCACUCAUUGAAGCACUGAAGAACUUUUUAUUGUUGAUUUUCAGCUCCUGCUCAUGUCUGUAUGCUUGUUUGUGUUUUUGUCUUGGCUGUAAUUAUAGCAAGCUGCAGAAAUAUGUCACUGGUCCAAAUGAAUGUUUACAUUUUCUAUUUUGUAGGUCUCAUAUUUGGGGGGAGGUAUAAGUUGGAUGGAUGGAGGAUGUAUUUAAUUAUUUGUUUACAUUUGUUGUGCCUGCAUUGUUUGAAUAUUUCCAACAACAAUGUAAAAAUGCUUCUGUUUAGUGUUUAUUGGGUUUAUCUCAGCUGUUUUUCUGCUGGUGGGUUGAUAUAAAAAUGCCCGGGGCAGCAAGGAUGAGUCACUGCUACAGAUGAAAGCGUUGGUCACCAAAGUUAUCAGAGAGUACAGUUAACAGUAUCAUAUAUCGUUCUCAUUGUAAUCCUGUCUAUCAGCUCUUAUGUAACAUGCCUAGUUCACUGCAGUUCACAGGAAGGAUGUGACCUCCAGCGUUCUGUCUGUCACUCAGUCUUGCAGUAUUCUUUAUCCUGUCCAGGUCAGGUCUGGUCAGCAUGUCAAAAAUCAACAUCAAGUGCUUACAAUUUCUCUUUUGUUGCUGCCUUAUUUUUUUGUUGAUUUGCUCAGAAAUGUCUGAACUGUUUGUUGUCAGCAAUUUAAUGCUCAAAACUUCAGAGGGUAACAUGCUUUGGGUUUAGACAGUCCUCGUAGAGUCACUAACAACUGGAAUACAGGGUUUGGGUUUUCUGUACCUGCCAACAAAAAACAGCCCAGUCUACUUUAAAGGAGUUUUUACUUUAUGUUGUACAAUAACUUGUGUUUCCAUUACCUCAGUCUAUCUCGAAUGUUAACAAAGUACAGCAUGAAAGUUAAUUCUUGAUCCUGGAAACAGUCAUUUUACAAAAUCAACUUAAGAUCCAUCUGCUAGCUUUCAUACAUUUCUCAUAGUUUUUCUUAAACUCCACCCACUGAGGAAAACCAUGAUGGUGAAAGCUCUGGAAAUAGCCAGUUUCAGAUCAAAUUCUUCAUAUACAAGUCAAAAGCCAAAGUGUUAGGAGCUGGUGAAUCACAGAAAAACAAGGGUAAAAGGAUUUACCCUUAAAGGUUCUGUAUGUGACAUUCAGAGCAUUAAUAAAGCAGCAAACUAUUAUUUGCUAUGUAAAGAUACAAGGGGGUAAUGGGGUCCUGAGCAGAGAAUGAAGUCCCACUCCCUCUGUGUGUGUUGUAAUCUGAGCUUCUCUAUGGUUUGUUGGGGUAAGCCGGUCAGGCUGCACAUGCAUAUUAAUACAUGUGUAUCCCACUGGCUAGCUCAUCACCAUUGCUUUACACUGUGCCAAGACCCCAGGAACAGUGCUGGGCUUUGAAGCCAAUUUUACAAAGUGGCCAAACGUGGAAUUACAACUUCCAGGUUCAGCAUGUGAUGCCACUGGACCCAAAAAGACUUUUUCCUAUUGACUUACAUUAGGAAAGAGACGUCUUUAAAUGGAUACCAGCGUAGUGGUGUAGUGGAAAUUGAUAAAGUGGGUGUGCUACUAGGUAGAUGUUAGAUUACCUAAGAGGAAGUGGGUAUAUUCUCCAAUAUAAUCCAGUGGCUUUCUGGCUGGUAGGUGUACUAUAAACAGCUUUAAAAAAAAAAGAGGCAGGUAUACCCACGCACACCCUCUGCUACACCACUUGUGGAUACAUUUUUUUUGAGCAUCACAACCCUCACGAAACAACUUAUUUUGCUUUUGGGAUUUCAUCCAUUCUGUCUGAUAACUCCUCAUUCAGAUUAGGAGAGGACUAAACCAAAAAUGGGCCGCUUGGCUAGCAUAAGUCUCUGAAGCGCUUGCUCAGUGGGCUCAAUGAUUAAGAAUGAUGGAAAUUUUGUACCCUGAAAAUUGAGCUGUUUUGGCUUUAUGUGCCACUGAUCACCAACUUUUAUAGGAAUGAACAGGGCCCCGCCUUCAGUGCUGUAUCCAGUCCUCUUAAUACAUCAGUGCAGUGUGUUCAUGUGCCAGCUACCGCUGUCUUUGUGAAAGCGUAGUGCCCACCCUCAGGUUUCCCCCUGGUUAAUACCAAUAGCUCUGUCAGCACUGUUGACUUUGUUUAUGAAGUUAGCACCAUUAGCUGCUAGCUGCUGGCUCAGCCACAUCCAUGUUGAGAACUGUGUUCAGACAACUCAUAUGCUCUGGAUUCUGCAUAGAGCCCCUUUAGGGUACAGAUACACCAGUUUGUUUUCUGGUCUGCAUGGAUGUGUAUUUUCCACACUCGUGGGAAAAGACUUAAUAAAUGUUUUUCAAAUGCCAAAUGUGAACAAACUUGUGAGUUAAAUUUAAAGGUUAUCAGUUUCCCAUGACCUUUUGAUAGGAGAUCCAGAUGAACUCACAAGCUUAAGUUAAUGGUCUGGACAACCAGAACUUUUAUGUGUACCUCAGUAUUACAUUUUAUUCUUAUUUAUUUUAUUAGUCAACCUGAUUGAUGUGCUUUAUUUUUUAAGGAACAUGCAACUUUUAAUCACAUAUUUCAUAUUUUUGCUCUUUUCGUAUCAUUGAAUUUACAUUAAUUUGGUUGUAUUAGGCAAACUAGGAAGUAUCAUUUUCUUUGAGCACUGGAAAGCAGAAUAUCACAAAUGUCAAAACAUUUACACCCUAUACCUGUCAUUAUUAUUCAUGAUUACAUGAUCUUUGGUUAGUAAAAAGUAAGGUUUCAAUUUAGGUUAGACCAAUAUUGAUAACUUGGGCUGACACUUCUCAGCUCUUGUCCAGCAUGGUCCACCUCCUACAAUGAUUUCACAGCUCUGGUCUAAAUACAGUUUCUGGGUUUGCUAUAAGUUACAAUGCUGAAUUGUUGGUGUCAGCCUUCAAAAACAAAAUUGGUCUAAACCUGGAUUUAAAUCACCAUCACUGUUUAUUACUCAGAAUUGACGAGCCUCACAGCUGUUUCAUCUCUGCUGCAGUCCAAAAGUUGGAAAAGCUCCCAGAACUGUUGAAUGAUGUCCUGCUUUUGUGUUUUUACUCUGUACAAAGUCUUUUCUCAAUGCCUUUAGUAUUCAUUGAAGAGCCAUAAAGUCAUUUCACCAUGUCUGGGUGCCCAGUCACUGAAUGUUCUGGAGGACUGACUGGUCUCACCACUCACUCAAGGUGGUAACAGUGAGUCUGUGUUUCAUAUGGCUUGGGUGAUUGCCCUGGAUAAUGUUGCCUUUGGGCCUUUUCAAAAUUGUGAUUGAAUGGAAAUGUGAGGGAGGGG